AUAUAUUCCACCCGCCUCUCUAUGUUCACCCAUCACAUACUGACAAUGCAUAAUGCCCAAAUCAUUUCGCUGCUACACCAUCAAUAUAAUUCUGCAUCGAUGCACUGCUUGACAACUAAUCUCCCUUCGGUGUUCGACAUUCCCCUACCCCAACACAUCGCAUUCCUGGAUUGCUGUGCUGGCUUUCUCCAACAUCCUUCAAUACAAUUGUUUUAUCGAUGAUUCCUCUGAUCUCACCAUAACACAUAUUCAAAAUUGUCGGCACCGUUUGUCGUCCGAUACUUCUCUUCGUACUGCUGUAUAACACUGCUAUAUAUUCAACGUCAUGCUGCGAUAUAAAAUCGACCGGCCCUUCUACACAGGAUCCUUCUCUUUACUGCUUGACCACCAGAAAGGCUCGCGUUGGAAGAUAAAACCAAAUCGAAACUCCAGUAGAUAUGCCAGCUACUACAGUGCCUUGUCAAUAUCGUACAGGCCGUACCCUUGGCUCUGGGACUUAUGCAAUUGUCAAAGAGGCCAUUCACAUCAAGACUGGAAAAUACUAUGCUUGCAAAGUGAUCAACAAAAAACUCAUGGAAGGCCGCGAACACAUGGUUCGUAACGAGAUCGCUGUCCUCAAGCGGAUAUCGAGUGGGAAUAGAAAUGUGGUUACAUUGCAUGAUUAUUUUGAGACCGCCCACAACCUCUAUCUCUGCUUUGACCUUUGUACCGGAGGCGAACUCUUCGACAGGAUUUGUGCGAAAGGAAAUUAUUAUGAAGGAGAUGCAGCAUCGUUAGUCCGCACCAUCAUAACAGCUGUUUCCUAUAUCCAUUCUGCUGGCAUCGUUCACCGAGAUCUAAAGCCUGAAAAUCUUCUGUUCAGAACUACCGCAGAAGACGCAGACAUCAUGAUUGCCGAUUUCGGUCUUUCACGGGUCAUGGAAGGUGGUAUAGGCGGAGAGAAGUUGAAUUUAUUGACGGAGAUAUGUGGAACACCAGGAUACAUGGCACCAGAGAUCUUCAAAAAAACUGGCCACGGUAAACCUGUCGAUGUUUGGGCGAUGGGCGUAGUCACUUAUUUCCUGCUGGCUGGGUACACCCCAUUUGACCGCGAAAGCCAACAGGCGGAGAUGGAGGCUAUCAUAGCUGGAGAUUACAAAUUCGAACCGCAAGAAUAUUGGGCCAAUGUCUCUCAACCUGCUCGGGAGUUCAUAAGGUGGUGUUUAACAAUCGACCCGAAUCAAAGGCCUACAGCAGACGAGUGUUUGGGACACAAGUGGCUCGCUUCCGCUACACCCCACUUUGUUCCUGAUCCCGAAAGCCCAACAGGUGGCCCUACGGACUUGCUCCCGCAUGUCAAGAAAGCGUUCAAUGCCAAAGGACUGUGGCGCAAGGCUGCGUUUUCUAUCCGCGCACUCAACAGAAUGACAGUGCUUGCUGGUUCUGGAUAUACCUUUUCCAACAAUCACGCUGAGGCGCAACGCCUACGGCAAGAUGUGGCGACGUACAAGGAAGAAAGCGAAAAGGCAUGGUUGUUUUCUGCAAACCAGACUUGAGCUCAUUUCAAUGUAUUUGAUAGGAAAAAAUGGAAGACGCGUCG